AUGGAAGCUACUGGUAUCAAUGGUGGUAAAGGAAUUUUCCACCUUGCUUUUGCACUAGUCGAUUCUGAGACGAUCGACAACUGGGAGUGGUUUUUAAGGAAUUUGACUGAAGUUGUUGGUGAUGGGAGGCCAAUCACCUUCCUUUCGGAUCGCCAUGAAGGACUCUUGCAGGGUGUUCCACUUGUUUAUCCAGAUGGGUUCCACAACUUCUGCUACUAUUAUUUGACGAAAAAUAUACCCAUCACUGCAACAGAUCCUAGGUACUCACUUGUGAUGGACCAUUUCCGAGAGGCGACAGACGCACUCUCACCUGAAAACCAUGCGAAAUCCAUACAAAAGAUUAGAGACUUGAACUGCGAUUGGGUGGAUGAUUACAUCGAGACCAUCCCACCUGAAGCAUAUGCAGAUGCCUAUUUCAAAGGUUGUCGAUUAGGAGGAAAAUAAUGUGUUUGAUGGCAGAGCGUCGUGAAAUUGGUG